AUGCCCCUCUCAGCAGCCCCCUCCCCUAUCAUACCAGAACCUCUACCUAACCGACCACCUUCCCCCGCACAGCUCGCUCCUCGAGCAAUCACCCAUCCCGAGCAGAUUGCAGCCCAAUUGGCUCUACUCACAAAGCGAGAAGCAGAGCUUUCGUUAUCACUCAAUGCUCUCGUGGCUGAUAGAGCUCAGAUAGACUCUGCGCUCUCUCGUCUGAGGGAGUUGGGCUCAGGAGUUGGCUCUUUAGCAGCAGAAGUUGAUGGAAGUCGGACUGUGUAUCCAAAUUCAAAAGGACUUGGAUUACAAUCAAAUGGACAUGAUAUCUAUGAUGGACCAGACGAGGGACUGGUAGAAAGAGUAACUAGAGUAUGGGAAACGAGCGAACGUGUUGGAGGAAAAGUACGAAGAUUGGAUGAAGAGGUUGGAAGAGUCAGAGAAGCUACAGAAAUUGUCACAGAGGUCUUGGAGUUGAAGAACGCCCUAUACACUCUAUCCGCUGCAAUAGCGAAAUCAGACUGGGAAUCGGCCUCGAGAGCCUGUCGUAGAGCAAUGUCAGCCAGGAAAGAAGUAAUAGAAGGAGGUUUCGCAGGUGGAGUGGUGCCUACUCCUCAGUAUCCAUUGCCACCAGCUCAGACCUUACAGGAGCUACGGGAAAUCUUACUGCACACGUUCAGGACAGAAUUUGACGCUGCAGCUGAACGGAAAGACGAGCAGAAUGUCAGUCGGUUCUUCCGUCUUUGGCCAGGUAUAGGAGCAGAGGAGGAGGGAUUGGAGGCGUAUGGAGAUUUUGUUGUGGGCUUGGUGAAGGGCAGAAACUCUACUGCUGGCAAAUCAUCAUCACCGCUGUACUACCUGACGUCACUUACCAACCUUCUCGAGGCAAUCGCCCAUAUCAUUGAUCAGCAUCAGCCAGUGGUGGACAAAUACUAUGGUAAAGGACGAAUGAGGACCGUUGUAGGUCGAUUGGUGGGCGAAAGUGAUAGGGUAGUGCGGAAUUUGGUUGAAGGAUGGGAGGAGGAACGACGUGUCGGACGAUUAAUAUCAGAUACAAAGCAAUCGAGCUUCCCAUUACUACAUAAUCCAUCACUACUUCCACCCCUUUUCGCUUCCCUGAGUAACCCUGCUAUACAACAACUCUCUCUCGCUUCCUUGGCCAGCACCACAACAGUGGCUCUUCCAAACUUAUCUUCCGCGUCGACCUUACUUCAGUCGUACGCUCAAGGUGGUAAGAAAGGGGUUCCUCAGCCAGUGCAGCCUGUGGCCGUGGAGGAGAAGGAAGAAGGACCUGAUCCUCGAGAUGUUGAUAGGGUAUUAGGAGAGCUGGUAGCAUUGGGUGGCCGAUGGGCUUUGUUCAGGCGGUUCGUCUGGAGCCGCAUAGUUGAUGAUGACAGCGAGGAUGAUGAAGAGGAGACAAAGCCGGAAAGCCCUAUAAAUGACGAGAAACAUCAACAACAGAUGAACGUGAUUGAACAAUCGGGUAGUCAGAGAGCGAUUGAGAACCUGCUCAAGGUCUACUAUGAGCCAUUAGAGCUCUGGUUCCUUCGUAUGAGUAUAGAGAAGGCCCACCGCCUCGACUCCCCUGACACUACAUCGCGCCCCCAUCUGUCUUCUAUCCUUGACGAUACGUUCUACUUACUCAAGCUCGUGCUCGGUCGACUACUUUCUUGCGGAUCUAUGGCAACCCUUCGAUCUAUGCGGCAGAAGCUGGCCGAGGUGAUAGAAAGAGAUUACACGGGUGUCAUCAGGAAGAAAAUGGAUGCGGUGUAUGUCGGUCAAGCAUCUGCACAAGAUAGAGGGUUGGAGAAGGACAAGAGGGAAAGAGAUCAGAGGUCUGCCUUCAUAAUACAUCUCAAUGAUCUCGACGUAUCGGCAGAUUAUAUGGAAAGAUUGCUUGAUGAAACCCUGGCAAAUUUACCACAAGUGUUCUUGAAGACCGAGAUACGUCCGGUAACAGACGAGAUAGAGACCUUGAGAGAUAUCUCAAAUCGAUUCCGAUCGACGGGCAAGGCCGGUCUCGAGCAACUUUUCAACCAGUUGACCAAACCACGAUUGCGAGGGCUACUGGAUGACUGUUACAAGGAUGUUACUUAUCUACUCGACGAAGAUACCUUCGCUGAAGCCGAUGAGUUGGAUCUCGUACGGAAGAGGUUUAUCAGAGCUUGGGAAAGCCUGGUCGAUGGUUACAAGGACACUUUCACCGAUCACAACUAUCAAACGUUUUUCAACCUGACUGUCGAGGUGCUUGUCAGACCAUGGGAGAAGAUGAUUCAGGGAAUGCGAUUCACCGAGCUUGGUGCAAUCCGAUUUGAGAGAGAUGUUCGGGCUAUAGCGAAUUACCUUUCUACUCAGACCUCCUUUGGUGGUGCACGAGAUAAGUUUACGAGAUUGCAGCAGAUUGCUACCGUGCUGAACCUCGAUGCGGAUGAAGAUCCAGAAGAGUUCUGGAGCAAUUCGGGUGUACCUUGGAGAUUGAGCAAAACUGAAUACAACAGUAUUAUCGAGCAACGUCAGUGA